CAAUCCGUCAUUACUGUCAAAAGUAUCAAAAAUGGCGGCGGACGGUGACGAAGUGAUAAGUGAUCAAGAAAAAGUUAGAAUUGUUUCGGAUUUUAUUCUUCAUUCUCCACCAGGAGAAUUCAAUGAAGUUUUCAACGAUGUAAGAGUCCUUCUAAAUAAUGAUACCCUUCUUAAAGAAGGCGCCAGCGGUGCUUUUGCGCAAUACAACAAGGAUCAGCUCACGCCCGUUCGCCUCGAAGGCUCGGAACUCCAUACUCUAAUAACCGACCACAACGAGCUCGGUGGAGGCAGAUUCUUUGAUCCACGUUCAAAACGAUUAUUUAAGUAUGAUCAUUUGCGUAAAGAAGCAUCGGAAUAUGAACCAUAUGAACCGGACAGAGUGGCGGAGCCCUGGCGUUCUGCGCUCGAUGACGAACUGACAGCGUACGUGGCGGCGCACUAUAAACACGGUGCCAGUUUAGUGGUCGGGCGAGCUCUCGAGUCUGGCGCUGUGUCACUCGUCGCGUGUAUUGAAGAUCACCAAUUCCAGCCCAAGAAUUACUGGAAUGGCCGAUGGCGUUCAGUGUGGUCGGUGACCAUAGGUGCCGGACCUGCCGAGCUCCGGGGAAUGCUUCGUGUACAGGUGCAUUAUUACGAAGAUGGAAACGUUCAGUUGGUUAGCUCCAAAGAGAUUCGCGCGCCCUUAGUUGCCACUGGAGAGGUAGCAACUGCUAAAGAGUUCGUGCGAUUAGUGCGCGAUGCCGAAAAUGCGUAUCAAACUGCAAUUUCUGAUAACUACAAGACUAUGAGCGAUACAACCUUCAAGGCGCUCCGGCGACAACUGCCCGUGACCCGGAGCAAGAUUGACUGGGCUCGGCUUGUCUCCUACACGAUCGGGAAGGAGCUCAAGAGCCAAUGAUGUCCCGCCGCUGCGCUCUGAGCCGCAGCGGCUGCUCCACGCCUGUGUACAUAUAUGCGUAAGAAUAAAUCUUGUUCAAAUGUUUACGGGCACCGGGAUGUCCUUUCCCGGCGCGUAUUUAUCUAUGAGUAUAUAGAGAAAUCGCUAUCGUAACUGUUAAAUUUUAUUGCAUUUUGUUACUAUCAAUAUGGAUGUUCAUUGACUGGUGUCAAUCACUCGGAAGUGGCCAAUUUGGACUUCUCUUUGUUUGCAAAGAGAUGUUGAAUCAACGAGUCAUGUCCAUUUUUGUCAGUAGCAUUGAGUUUACAGGAUAAUGUUGUACUUAGGUGUGGACCCGCGCUAGUGCGGUAUCUGAUUCUAGGUCUGUAGGAACUCCUGACUGAAACAUCAUGUAUGAAUAUUUAAUUUAUUCGCUUUCCGGAAUGGUUGGUUGUUGUGUGAGCAAUACAUUUCCAAAACAGUUUCCUACCUAUCCAUGUCAAUUAAAAUGUUAUAACAAUAAUGUUGCACACACGGAAAAACUGAAAAUCUGUUGUUGAUUGAUAUAAUACUGUAAUGUUCUGUAUCCAUCGGGUUCUUAUAUUUUAUAUAAUCAGUAUUAAUUUCCUUGAUAUUGCUUGCAUAACCGUGUUAUGUGAAAAUUGAUCAGAAUUGUGUAAGGGAGAGAUCCCAAUGGUGCAUUUAAAGUAUAGUUAAUUUAACUAAUUGUCCACGUAGCUUUAAUGCAGCAUUUAAGAGCAUAUAUAGCACAAUUUAUUCAAUAUUUUUCAAUUUACAAAAAAUAAAGUGUAGAGUUGCUCAAGUAUAACACAGGGGAGAAAAGUGAAACGAAAUUAGAAAAUAUAUUGUCCAUACUCUAUGGCUUGAGUGUCAUUUGAAGGCAUAACUUUUUUUUUAUAAUAAUGUAACAAUUAUAACUUCAAUAAGGUUUAUUUUGUAAUUAUUAUAAUUAUUUUUAAUAAACAACGUACAUUCAACCCAAGUAUUCUGUAUUGAUAUAUGUACGAUUGAAUUCAUUUCAAUAAAAAUAUAUAUUAAAAUGUUGCUAACAA